AUGGCGGCACAGAGAUGGAGCCUGCUCCAGAGUGAGCAGCAGCUAAGCUGGAUGGAUGGCCUGCUUCUCUGUCAUCUCUCUGGAGUUGGUUCAGCUUCCAUCCAUAGCUAUUCUACUAAUGGUAAGGGCACUGAGAGCCACCCUCAUGAGGACAACUGGCUCAAGUUCAGAAGUAAAAACAACUGCUUUCUGUAUGGGGUCUUCAAUAGCUAUGACGGCAACCAGGUGACCAACUUUGUGGCCCAGAGACUCUCUGCAGAGCUCCUGCUGGGCCAGCUCAACACUGAACAUGCCGAGGCUAAUGUGCAGCAGGUCCUGCUGCAGGCCUUCGAUGUGGUGGAGAGGAGCUUCCUGGAGUCCAUUGAUGAUGCCUUGGCUAAGAAAGAAAGCCUCCAGUCCCAGCUACCAGAGGGUGUGCCCCAACACCAGCUGCUGCCUCAGUCACUGGUCCCUUCACUUGAGAGACUCAAGGCACUGGAGAGGGAGAUUUCGGGAGGGGCCAUGGCCAUUGUGGCAGCCCUUCUCAACAAGCUCUAUGUCGCCAAUGUUGGCUUGGAUGCAGGAAAGUUCAAGCAGGUGGGCAUCAUCUAUGGACAGGAGAACACCAGGCACAUCGGUGAUUACAGAGUCAAAUAUGGCUACACUGACAUCGACCUGCUCAGUGUUGCCAAGGCCAAAUCCAUCAUCGCAGAGCCAGAAAUCCAUGGCGCCCAGCCGCUGGAUGGCAACGGCUUCCUGGUGCUGAUGUCUGAGGGACUCUACAAGGCCCUGGAGGCAGCCCAUGGGCCAGGACAGGCCAACGAGGAGAUUGCAGCAAUGAUUGACAUCGAAUUUGCUAAGCAGACCUCCCUGGAUAUAGUGGCCGAGGCUGUGAUGGACCGUAUAAAGUAUAUCCACUGUGAUAUCUUUGCCAGUGGUGGGGAGUGUGCCAAGUUAUGCCCGCAGCUUGAAGACAUGACCCUGAUGGUGAGGAACUUUGGCUACCCAUUGGGUGAAAUGAGCCAGCCUACACCAACCCCAGUCCCAGGGGGGCGUGUGUACCCUGUUUCUGUGCCCUACUCAAGUGCCCAGAACACCAGCAAGACCAGUGUGAAGUUCUCCCUCGUCAUGCCUUCUCGGGGCCAGAUGAUCAAUGGUUCCCACAGUUCCUCCACCCUGGACAAAGCCACUUCUAUCCUCACUAACCAGAGCCCCACUCUGCCCCUCCAGUCCACCAACACACACACACAGGCAGAGCAUCAGCUCCAGCUCUGAUGGGAGUCUCCUCUG